CAGAAUCGUUGGGUGUUCGUAUAUAUCCAAGUGUAGAUCACGAGUGCUGGGCCUUCAUCAUGCCGUGCUUCAUCAUCCUGGUCUUCCUCCUGAUACGGUGCUUCAUCUUCACGAGCAGCAGCUGUCAGAGCGACAGGAACCAGGAUCAUCGACCGCGUGUCAGCUGUGUGGGUCAGGGACUGACCGCUGUUCCCCAGGGCAUCCACACAGACACACAGGUCCUGGUUCUCACUGGAAACCAGUUCACUUCUCUGUCCUGGUCCAUGUAUUCUGGAUUCACAGAGCUGCACGAGCUGGACCUGAGCCACAAUAACAUCAGCACACUGCAGCCGCCGGGUCCAGUGCUGGAGAAGCUGAGCGUCUUGCGUUUGUCUGGUAACAUGUUAACUGGUUUGGGAGGACUGGUGUUCCGCUGCGCUCCCAGUCUGAUGGAGAUCUACUUAGACAGGAACCAGAUUCGUUCACUUCAGAACGACACCUUCAGUGACCUGCCGCGUCUGGAGGUCAUUGAUCUGUCUCAGAACAAGCUUCCUGUGCUCCCUCCUCGUCUCCUGGAGCGCGUGUCCUCCAGCGGCCUGAAGACCUUCGACCUGGAGAAUAACAGUGUCUCGCUGAUGCCCGAUGGGUUCUUCUCAUCCAAACCGGAGCUUCCUUACGUUUACCUGACCCACAAUCCCUGGCUCUGCAGCUGUGCUGUCGGAUACCUCCACAGCUUCCUGAACGACCAGGAACACAACAUCUACAUGCACGAGGGACUAUAUAACAUCAUCCCUGCCGCCGACUCCGUGCUGUGUUCUGGACCUCCUCACCUGCUCAGACGACCCAUCAUUGAGCUGGAGGAGAGCGACUUCUGUCCACCAGAUCCCCCUCAUCCCAGCGACGCCGACUGCUCUACAGGACGCUGCCAGACGCCCACCUGCUCCAUUCCACCAAAUCAUGGACCUCCAUUGAAAAGUAUUGGGUCACUGAGACCUGGACCAACAUCUGGUAUAAAUUCUGGAUAUUUUAUCUCGACUCCUACCAGUCUCUAUCUUCCCACUUAAGCCGUCCAAGAGCCAAACACAUGGAAAACACUCACGGUCCAACCAGAAAAGCAGACCAUUAAAACAUGGAAAUAAUUGCCUUAUUUACAUAUUCAUCUAUUAAUUCACCAGAAAUGACUUAGUCCAGAUCAAAUGUUUAACAGCUUCAAACCAUUGAUGAAUUGAUCAAAUAGUGUAAAGAUGGGUCAGAUUGCUGUUAUACCUGACAACACAACUGAACCUGUUAUUCGUAAUCUCACCUGUGCUCACCUGUAUAUUAAUCAUAGUCAGAUGUGUAGAAUUCAUGCAGAAUCUCAUUACGCUUCUAGAUUAGUUAUCCUACAUUCCAUUAUUAUAUUAAAAAUGGACUUUCACAGUUUUUAAGACCUCUUUGGGCCGAUUCCCAAAUCCAUAUAGAGGUCUGGAAUAAAGAAUGUAAUAAAUGUAGUAAAAUUAUUACAUUUAAUCAAUGUAACUGAAUAAAGCAGCGAGACACAAACAGGUCGAG